AUGGCAAACUUCUUCAGCUUUGAUAGCCUACAAUUUCCAGUAGGUUUUGUUCCAGAAGAAUGAUUCUUGCAGACUGCAGCGAACAGAAUGAAUACAAUAAACGCUAUGCUACAAACAUCCGAGGACAUGAAAAAAAAUGCUGACGAGCUUGCAUUAUUGCUUAGAGGGUUAAGAGAGAGAUUAUCCCCUAGCUUAGAUAAUCGACUCCAGAAAGUACCCAGAAAACGAGACUUAAUAAAUAUGAUAAUUUGUGGUAACAAAAAUUAUCAAUUUAAACUUAAGCUUGAUUCAUCUUUCCCCAAGUGUGUCAGUAAAUCAAUGUUUUUUGAUUUUCAUGUUACAGUGAAAGCCUAUAAUGGAGAGUCACUUGCAGAAAACUCUGAAAUUUUGCUCAAAGUAGAAAUCUGGUCAGCAGAAUGCCCACCCAAGCGACUUUUCAACAACAAGUCAGGGAGAGAUUUAAUCAUAAAUGAUACCUGCAACUUGAAGUUCUACAGCAGAAGAAAAAAACAUUUAGCAAAUAUUAAUUUAAAUUAUAAAGUUUAUGUUUUAAAGCGCAAUUUUUUUAAAAUUAAACAGAAUUAGCUAGAUUUUUCGUUAUAUAAUUAUCAUUUAUAUAUCAAAUUUUUUCAUAAAAAAUUUUUGUUCUCUCACAGAGAGUGGUGUUUUAGGCAAAAAAUAGGGAUUUUUCUAAUGGUUUUGUUCACUCAUGAGAGUUAGCAUUUUUUUAAAGUAAAAAUCACAGAAGUCACCUCGCAUUUUAUGAAUGGAUGAGUAUUUUUAUUGAUUACUGCGGAUAGCAGAGAUCUUAGUCAACUUUUUCAACCCUUGGUUAUAAAGCAUGUCUAUGUACAGUCGAAGAGAGAGCUAAAGUGCUACGAUGACAGCGAUUAG